UCACGUGACUUCUGGGAAAAGGAGAGUCUGCUGCCUGUGAAGCGGCAGCAUCGAGCAGCACUGACCGUCUGUCACAUUCUGCAGGCACCGCGGAGGAAACGCAACCGAGUGUGUGUGUGGUGGUGGGGUUUUUUUGGUGCUUUUUUGGAGACAUGGCAGGAGGGAGAAUGCGCUCCACUCGCAGACUGCGCAACUGGAUCGUUGAACAGGUCAGCAGCGGUAAAUAUCCGGGGCUGGUGUGGGACGACGAUGCUAAAACCAUGUUCCGCAUCCCGUGGAAACACGCGGGGAAACAGGACUUCCGCAAAGACGAGGACGCCGCCAUCUUCAAGGCGUGGGCGGAGUUUAAGGGGAAACUGACGGAGGAGGGGCGCGACAACCCGGCGUCCUGGAAGACUCGUCUGCGCUGCGCCCUCAACAAGAGUCCGGAGUUCACAGAGGUGAACGAACGAGCUCAGCUGGACAUCUCAGAGCCCUACAAGGUCUACCGCCUCGUCCCCAUCAGCGAGCAGGGUUUGGUGACGCCCGAAAAGAAACCCAGAGAGAAACCGACGAGGAGGUUGAAGAGAAGGAGCAGCGACGAGGAGAGCGACGACGGAGGUCGGGUCAAGCAGAUAAAGACCGAGGAGGUCUCGUCUCAGCUGCGUGUUGGAGACCUGCUGCUGCAGAGCGACAGUCCCGUCCAAUCAGAGGAGCCGAUUCAGAUCGACGCCAUUAUACAAAGAGACGUGGUCGAUGAGAUCCAGCUGGACGUGCGGAUCGAGGAGAGCGUCCCUCCUCCUCCGGGAGCUCAGGACUCCUUGAACGUGGCGGUUCACUAUUUAGGUCAGGAGGUCCUCAAGCGGCAGAUCCAGGGCACCGACGUCCGGAUAACGUACCUGCCUUCCUCCCUCAUGCCCCCGACGUCGGCCGCCCUGAAAGGCAGGUUCCCGCGCAUCCCCCUGCCGGAGCCUCCCUCCACGCUGCCGGCCGGCCCCGAGCUGCAGGCCCUGCUCACCCUGCUGCCCUUCAUGGAGAAAGGGGUGGUGCUGACCACCACGCCGCAGGGCGUUUACGGCAAACGCUUCUGCCAGGGGCGGGUCUUCUGGACGGGGCCGCACACGACCAGGCCGGGGCUGCACAAGAUGGAGAGAAACACGGAGCCGGUGCUGCUGUUCAGCAAAGACACUUUCAAACAAGAACUGGAUAACUUCCGCUCAAACGGCGGCGAGCCUCCUCAGACCAGCAUCACUCUGUGUUUCGGUGAAGAACUGUCCAACACAGAAGAUCCAUCCAGAAAACUCAUUAUUGUUCAGAUCUCGUUGCCGUGGGCGGAGCGGCAGGUCCAGAACGCUCAGUCCAUCUACGAGUCCAUCACCAUCCUCCAGUCUCUGGCCAGCCAGUCUCCACUGGGAGAGAUCACCCUGAACCUGGUCACCGUGCCGACACCGACCGUCGAGACCGUCUGAGCACUGCGCCCAAACCCCCCCACCCG